CAAAUUCCAACGACCAGCUAUCAAAAGCAACCGGUAAAAAGGCGUAUUUCUGCGAACUACAUCUCAGGCUUCUGCUCUCUUCCUACUUCACUGAAUCUGUAAUCUUCGACCUUAACUAGGUCAGAUAGCAGCCACGCCAUGGGGAGAUAUGGAAAAUGAAAUUAUACCCUUAGAAAACUGCGAGUGUUGAUAUGACCAAAUUCGGCAGUACCCAAGCAGCAGAACUAAGAGCCACAAAAGAUGUUUUCAUCUCUGCAAUCCGCUAUGCAACUUCCAUCAUUGAUCCUUCUCCUCCAUUUGGCGAUGAGCUCAGAACUUGUGCCCAAGAACAAGUGGAGUUUAUGCUUGGGGAUAAUGAAGAGAUUCUCAUGGUCAUAGCUGAUGAGGAAAUAAAACAGGAGACCAGAAUGGGCUUGUGCAAGAUAUUCUCAUCGUUUGAGAAGGCAUUGCUCUCCCCGCUGCUUUUGGAGCUUGACGUCAAGGACAAGGCUGUGGAGAACAAGAUAAUGCAGAAUCUAUCUGAUGUUGAGUGGCUUUGCAAUAUUCUCCUGAAGACAGAUCUGAUGAAAGACUUUGUCUCACAUUGGGCUGAUAUAUCUAAUGAUGUCUUGAGAGUUGUGGAGGACAAAAAACUCCAUUCUGUCAUGUGGGGUUUGAAGGUAAAGCUCAUAGAAGUCACCUCAAAAGUUUUAGAUGCAGUAGGUUAUGGAAACGUGAUUCUUCCAGCCCCGGGCCGGGUACAUUUGCUGAAGGCAUGGCUUCCAUAUGUAAGGAAAAUGAAGCAUCUUCUAGAUUCAAUGGGGAACAAAGAGGCCGACUUCCCUUACAGGAUGGACGAAGAGCUGUCGCAGAGCAUCGAGGGAGCAAUAGUGUCAUUGGUUUCUGCAUUGCCAUCAAACAGUCAAGCUGAAAUACUAGCUGAUUGGAUGAAUGGCGAGCACUUGAAAUAUCCAGACUUGAGCGAGGCGUUUGAGUUAUGGUGUUACCGGACAAAGUCCGCUAAACGCAGAUUGCUCGAGGCUUUGGCUGAAUCACCAUUGCAAUUCUCCGCCUCCCCCUCAGAUUAAUGUGUUGUUUGUUUUGAGCAAUUGAACAUGAUGUAUAACAGGAUACCUACAUGGUUUGAUAAUACAGAAACGGUUUCAGAUUUGUUUUC